UACAGACACUGUCGUACCUGCUCAUUCACAUACUGUCAGUGAACGGCACAGGAAUACACUCCUGGCGGGAGAUAUAUAAGUAAUAGUUUAUUGGUCGCUGUUUCUCCAACGUCUUCAAUUAUGGCAACUACCAGUCCGUGUGUCGUGAUCAGUGAUGACGAGCAGGGUUAUGACCUGGACCUUUUCUGCAUACCAAAGCAUUAUGCCUCUGAUCUGGAAAGGGUCUACAUCCCACAUGGACUCAUUCUGGAUAGGACCGAGCGGCUGGCCAGGGAGAUCAUGAAGGACAUGGGAGGGCACCACAUAGUGGCCCUCUGUGUGCUCAAGGGGGGCUACAAGUUCUUCGCCGACCUACUGGACUACAUCAAGGCCCUGAACCGCAACAGUGACCGGUCCAUUCCCAUGACUGUGGACUUCAUCCGGCUUAAAAGUUACUGUAAUGACCAAUCCACUGGAGAGAUUAAGGUGAUUGGUGGAGAUGAUCUGUCCACACUCACAGGGAAGAAUGUCCUGAUUGUCGAGGACAUUAUUGACACUGGGAAGACCAUGAAGACGCUGCUGGAACUACUCAAGCAAUACAAUCCAAAAAUGGUCAAAGUAGCAAGUCUAUUGGUGAAGCGGACACCAAGGAGUGUUGGCUACAGACCAGACUUUGUAGGAUUUGAAGUUCCUGACAAAUUCGUGGUGGGAUAUGCACUUGACUACAAUGAAUAUUUUAGAGAUCUCAAUCACAUCUGCGUCAUCAGUGAAACGGGAAAGGAGAAGUACAAGGCGUGAGGAGUCCAGUACUUCCUCCUGUUGUAUAGCCGUCUAUCAUUUUGUUAUUAUUGAUGCUCUUUCAUCAUUCUCCUUCUUUCAUUUCUUUUUUUAAUUGUGCUCUUUUUGAUUGGGCAGUCUGUGGUGCUGUAGUGCACCACCAGUAUGCAGGUUUUCCACUCAGGGGUCAGCGGUGAGGUGCAGAGAGAGAGUGAGAGUGUGUGUGUGUGUGUGUGAGAGAGAGCGAGAGUGUGUGUGUGUGUGUAAAGCUAACACAGUACCUCACAUUGGCUUUGACCUUUCAGCCCAUCCAGUCUGUGGCUCCCAUGCACACAGUUUAAACCCACAAAGCCUUCACCCUUCAUUGGCCCUCACAGCCUAGUGCUUUUCAAAUGUACACUCGUGAGCAUGUGUGCAGUUCUGUCCAGUUGAAAACACAAAACUUCACAGGAAGUAUGGGUCACCUUAUAAUUUAUUUCAUUGUGACUUUUGGUUCAAAUUCAUAUAUAUACAUUUUUUUUAAAUCUUAAAUAGAUGUGUGUAGUUCACCAGACACUUAAAAUUGUUAUAUGAACAACUGUUUAUGUGUAAUUAAGUAAGUAUACAGAAUCCAGUAUACGUCAUUUGUACAGUAAUUAUCACAUUUUGAGGGAGGUACUGUACAAAUGAUCAUUUUAGUUUGUUCACAAAACUCACUGAAAACACAAUGAAAUAUUUCACUGUAACAGUGGCUUUGUGUUUGAUAAUGUUUUGAGAUUUUUUUUUUAAUUAUGCUGGUAUAUGUUAGCUGUUGAGACAACCAUUUGAAGAUUUUUUUUUUAUGGGAGUGUGUAAGUAAAAUAUCUGCACCGUCAAUGGUCUUGCCAUUUCAGUUGCUUGUUUAUUCUGCUGAAUAUGGCUUCAUGUUGAGAGAGUAGUGGUGGAAAGUUUGUUCCAUCUGUCAGACCACAGUACAAAACUGUAAAUUUCAAUCGGUCUUCCUGUAGUGACUUUUCUGUUCCAAUUCCUGAAAAAGAUUUAGCAUUUGUUUUGUCCAGACUCCACAAGGCCAACUAACAAAAUGUUCCUCUGAUGCAUACGCAAUGCCUUUGUCGUUAUAUGUGUGAUGGAUAGCAUAGUCAACCUGAUAUCAGAGUGCAAAGGGCCACGUGGAGCACAACAUGGAGAACUUCAUAUUUUGCAUUAUGCCUCUAUGGAAACACUGUUGGUUUUAUAGAAAACUGCCAUGAUGGUGAUUUGCUUAAGUAAAGAAUGGGCAUUUAACAAGCAAGAUGUAUGGUCAUGGUUAUGGGAUUUGGCGCUUUUAUCCAACGCCACAUACUAAUAACAAUGUUACAAGUUACAUUUAACAGUAAACAAUUUAAAAAGUUGGCAAGAGUACAUUAAGGAGAUUAGCAUUCAUUCAUUCAAAUCAAUAGUGUUGGCCCUGCCUUUCACAAUGAUAAAAUGUGAGGAAUAACCUUCCGAGAGCCCAAUAAAAACAUAUGAAUUUGCCAUCUAUGACCAACACGGAAAUGUAGGACCCUAUUUUAAAUGACGGGCAAAGUGCAAAGUCAAGCAACGAGCUCUGUGUCUUGUGCAUGAAGUAACUCUAUUGUGUAGUCUGUGGGCGUGUAGAACUGACCCAUCAGUGAUUGCCCGUAACGUAAGAUAUUACUCACUAUAUUAAAUUGGCAAAAAGUUUUUCUUUAGUUAGUUAGUUUUACUUGGACUUGAGAUUUACUAGGACUUUGCAUGUUGAUUGGAAUUUCAGUAGGCCCCACAGUUAGCAAAGCAAAAAGCAAAUCAGCCAUAACUGAGAUGAAAGACCCUUUAUUAGUAGACAGAAUAAUCAUUGUUGUCUUGCUAUUGAUUCCUGUUGAAACCCAUGUGACCACUGUCUGCAAAAAUACAAAUUCCUGUCAAGUCAUCAAAGUUGCAACAACUGAGAGGUGUGGCAUUUGUAAUCUAGUGAAAUGUGAGAAUGCAUCUGAAGCUGAAAAACAUUAGUACAGGCAGUGUGUAGUAGUAUUGAGUUGGAAAAGCUUUCCCUUCAGAAAGCUAGUUCUAUUGUGGUGCUACUCCUAGUCUUUUAAAGGUGAAAGUGGAAUUGUGUCAUGAUGAAUGUGUGCUCCCAACUUUGACUUUUAAAAAUGCAACAUGUACUUGGUUUCUACAAGUACUACUGAAAUAUGGACACCUGCUUCAUAAAUAGCAUUCCAACAUAUGCUUGCAGGAAAGUUUCCAAAGAUCAUAAUUUAGUACUUGACGUACUAAUGGAAAUAUAUUUUUAAAGUAUAAUUCAGCUGAAAAAGAAUAUGAGUAAUCUGUUGAUAACGCUACACUUUGAUCUUUAACUUUUAUUCUGUAAUGCCAAAUAAAGUGCACAUCUUGAAGCCUCUAAUGCAAUUUUGUGCUGGACAUACAUAUGAUGUUUGUGUUAAGGUGUGUUUGCAUACAAAUUUACAUACUUCUGUGGAUAUCGUUGGUGAAGAUGUAAACGGCAUGACUGACGAUAACUGGUUUUAAAUGCUUAGAACGAAAGGUUUGUGGUGCCUUAUCAAUGUUGGUUAUGAUCAUGGUAGAGUGAUGACCAGUUGCACAUAAACCUUGUUAGUUUUACUUUACAACCAUCCAAUGUUGUCUGAUUGUUUUAUUUUGUUAUGUAACACAAAGUUAACUGGGCAUUGUAGUGGUUUGGCAAAAUUAUAGCCUGUGUGGAAAUGAACAUCCCAUCCCAUCCUAAAGUAAGUAGGGACUCAGAAAUACACAACAAAGCUGAAUAUAUUCCCUAUGAUAUAUAUGAUGUUUGUCUAGAUCACUCUUCAGCUGUGCAUUAAAUCAGUAAAAACAACCAUUUCAUAGUAGGACCUGUCCUGUAAGCUAUAUGGUUCAAUGGGUAAUCAUGGACUUUUGUCUUGCUUAAGUCUUUGGGUCCAAAAAACUCAUCUCCAUCUAUAUCCUCUGAAAUCUGUAAAAAUAAGUUGAAGUAGUCAGGCUGAGAACAUGUUAUAUAGACUAUGAAUGCCAUUUGGAACAGACAGCCCCUGUAAUAUUUGCUGGGAUUCUCUCUGAACUUGAACAGUUGUAAUACACCAAGUACAGAAUCAUGGUGUUUCAACAUUAGACCAGCACUGCACGAAUAAACAAUAUCAGAGCUUCA